AGCAGAAGCUGGAGAAAAGAAAGCAACGAUAUGCUGAAGAAUGGAUUUCCAAGCAAAGAAAAAACGGCAGUGUCAAUAAAGUCUAUGAUGCCACAUAUCUUCUGCUGUUCCACUUUGAAAGACAGUCUUGAAUUGUCAAUAGUGGAUACAGAUCAGUGUAUAGAACAUAUCCACUAGAGGUCCUGUUGUUGACGCAGUCCGAUCGGUGUAUGACUGCGAGAAAGAUUCAAAAUCAGACACGCCUGUUUACUUGUUGUUGUUUUUUUGGAUAUUGAAACAAAAGGAUACAGAACGCCUUAUAUUUCAAGACGAAUGGACAUGAGAAAUAAAGAAAACACCAACCUCUGUGAUGCUGCACAUUAUAUUUGACAUUAUAUUGAUAAGCUGGUUGAAGCCUGAAGAACUGACCUAAGAUUGGCUCCAUAAGUGGGAAAUUUUAGAUCGAUACCCAGUCGCCCUCCUUGCCAAGAGAACAACACGAGGUUUUUCUGCUGAGUGCUUGUGUCCGUGGCAGAUGGACACAGAAGAUGUUAAGGAUGCCUUUGAUAAAAUAAAGCGGAUAUAUGAAAGUCUUCUUAAUGGAUUUCCAGGAGACAUCCGUGACGCGUUCCCUAAAAAAGGUCCGCCUGGAAACAAGAAGAAGCCAUCUGAUCGAAGAACAGUGUCUGUGACACAUGAACCGCCAGAACCAAACAGUGCGGACACAUUAGUUAUAAAGACCGAGACUUCACCACUAAACCAAGAUGCUCUCCCUUCCAGCAUCACAGUGGAUGUGUCAGAAGAACCAGCAGCAUUUAACAGUGAGGACACGACAGUAAUAAAAACAGAGACUUUACUACUAAACCAAGAUGUUCUUCCUUCUAAAAGCACAGCCCUCGCCCCCUCUGCUGGUUUUAAACCGGCUCCUGCGAAGUUGUGGAGUUCCCCACGAAACCGAAAACAACCGAGGCACGCAGACGCUAGUGAAUGCUCGAUUCAUCAAGAGGAAACCAGUUUCCCCUCCAAAAAAAUACUGAGGAGAAGAAUCAGAGAGGAAAGUGAAAGUGAGGGACUCUUAACCCUUGUUCACGUGGAGCCGGAGGCAUCGACCAGCGGCAGCAGCAUCCAGUCUGUGUCUCCUGUGCCCGUCUCCGCUAGAUGUGCCUCCGUGGGGAAGAGGAGCGCAGAGCCGGAACUCCCUGAAUUCCAGCAGAGCUUUCUGAGUAAACCCAAAGACUAUGACGAACUUUAUUUCAUGAGUCUUGUUGGAAUAUUCAAAAGAUUGUCUCAAAGGAAAAAAGCUGAAGUGCGGAUGAAAAUAGAGCGAAUUCUCUAUGAAGCAGAGUUUGAAAUGCUCGAUUCAUCAAGAGGAAACCAGUUUCCCCUCCAAAAAAAUACUGAGGAGAAGAAUCAGAGAGCUCAAAAGAUCGCCUUCUCAGCUGGACUUCUGGCAUGUGGAUCAGGACACACUGGGCCUGUUGAUUACAAGAAAACUCUGGAAUAUAAGAAAGUAAUCAGUAACAUUGGAAAUGCCUAUGACCCCGAUACUGGUGUUUUCACAGCCCCAGUAAAAGGAGUCUAUUACUUCAGAUUUUAUGCUCAUUCACACUCUGGAAACCAAAUGGGCGUCAGUCUUUUAAAGAACACUCAGGUCCAAGUCUCUGUGUAUUUUUGGAAGCCUACCACCAAUGGGAACGCAAGCAAUGGUGUUGUUCUUACCCUGGAACCUGGUGAUCGAGUUUAUACAGAGCUCUGGGAGAACUGCUGGGUUUUCGAUAAUGAAAGAAGCUACACCAGUUUCAGUGGUUUUAUGAUUUUUCCUUUGUGAAUGUCUUAUAUGACAUCUGGUAAAUCUUGUAGACGGUCUGCUCUGAAGAUGAUAUAAAUUGGCUUAAACUAGUGCUGUCCAUCGAUUAAAAAAAUGACACGUUUUUUCUGUGCUUAAACACGAUUAAUCACACAUAACAUUAAUGUUUUUAAUUUUACUUUUACAUUCUAAUAAUUUCACAUUUAAUCUCCAAAUGAAUGUAGAAACAACAGAUUUCUUUAACAGCAUCAUUUUAUGAAUAAAGUCCAUGGCUUUGACUCAGGUGCGUUUAUAGGUUGUGCUUAGCCUAC